UGAAUUUAUUAUUUGAUUAAUACUGUUCAUAGACUGGGGCUUUCAGAUCACUCACGUUUAACAUAGCGUUAAAUCGCCACAACCGGGCGCUGUUAGCACUGAAAUGGCUUUGGCGCUUCGGCUCAGUGACAAUGUAUGUCAGUGAUUAUUCCUUAUUUUUUAUGAUUAUUCUUUAUUUUUUCAACCGUGCGGAAAACACAAACGAAAGAAGAAAAGGAAAAAAUCCUCUAGGAAAGCAAACUUUACCGUACAGUUACAAUGAUCUCUCGUAUCCGCUGGUAGAUGUGUAAUAAAGAGCUGAAUCAUUACCGUAAAUGAGAUACGCUGAAGGGAGAGUUUGUGUGCAAGGAGAGUGCCGUCAGCUAUGAGUAACCCUUACGCACAUAUCACUGAGUCUCUGGACCCUCAGAAGCCUGCACAUAAAUUCUUCAAUCUCACAAAACUUGGAGACCCAAGAUAUGAACGCCUGCCUUUUUCCAUUCGUGUGUUGCUGGAGUCUGCUGUGAGGAACUGUGAUGAGUUCUUGGUGAAGAAGGAGGAUGUAGAGAGAAUCCUCAGCUGGAAGGAGACACAGACCCAGACGGUGGAGGUGCCAUUCCGGCCCGCCCGUGUCAUCCUGCAGGACUUCACUGGAGUACCUGCAGUAGUGGACUUUGCUGCAAUGCGUGAUGCUGUAAAGAAACUGGAUGGAGAUCCUGAGAAGAUCAACCCUGUGUGUCCUGCUGACCUAGUCAUUGACCAUUCCAUUCAGGUGGACUUCAGCAGAAAGCCGGACAGUCUUCAGAAAAACCAAGAACUCGAAUUUGAAAGAAACAAGGAACGCUUCCAGUUUUUAAAGUGGGGUUCUAAAGCAUUCCAGAACACACGCAUCAUUCCUCCAGGUUCGGGAAUAGUGCACCAGGUCAACCUGGAGUACCUAGCCAGGGUGGUGUUCCAGCAGGAUGGCUACUACUACCCCGACAGCCUGGUGGGCACCGAUUCCCACACCACCAUGAUCGAUGGCCUGGGGGUGCUGGGAUGGGGUGUGGGAGGCAUUGAAGCAGAGGCAGUUAUGUUGGGUCAGCCUAUCAGCAUGGUGCUCCCAGAGGUCAUUGGGUACAAAGUUCAGGGCACACCGAGCAAGUACAUCACCUCUACUGAUAUUGUCCUCACUGUUACAAAGCAUUUACGGCAGGUCGGCGUGGUGGGGAAGUUCGUGGAGUUUUUCGGCCCCGGCGUGGCUCAGCUCUCCAUCGCAGACCGCGCCACCAUCGCCAACAUGUGCCCCGAGUAUGGUGCCACGGCCGCCUUCUUCCCCGUGGACCACGUCAGCAUGCACUAUCUCCAACAGACCGGACGAGAGGCUGAGAAACUUGGUUACAUUGCCCAGUAUCUAAAAGCAGUGGGAAUGUUUAGAGACUACAGCGAUGAAAGUCAGGAUCCAGACUUCACAAAGGUGGUUGAGCUUGACCUCAGCACAGUCGUCCCCUGCUGCAGUGGUCCCAAGAGACCACAGGACAAAGUGGCUGUAUCGGAAAUGAAGCAGGACUUUCAGACCUGCUUAGGGGCCAAGCAAGGUUUUAAGGGAUUUCAGGUGCCUCCUGAGAACCAUGAUGUCACCAUACCAUUCCAGCAUAAUGGAAGGGACUACUCCCUCUCUCACGGAUCUGUGGUCAUCGCUGCCAUCACCAGCUGCACCAACACCAGCAACCCCUCCGUCAUGCUGGGUGCCGGUCUCCUGGCUAAGAAAGCCGUCGAGUGUGGAUUGAGCGUGAAACCUUACAUUAAGACGAGCCUUUCUCCCGGAAGUGGAGUGGUCACCUAUUAUCUGAGGGAAAGUGGGGUGAUGCGUUACCUCGCUGAUCUAGGUUUCGAGGUGGUGGGAUAUGGCUGCAUGACCUGCAUAGGAAACAGCGGGCCACUUCCUGAGUCCGUUGUGGAGGCCAUAACACAGGGAGAUCUGGUGGCAGCUGGAGUCCUGUCUGGAAACAGGAACUUUGAGGGCCGCGUUCACCCAAACACGCAUGCCAACUACUUGGCCUCUCCUCCGCUGGUCAUAGCUUACGCUCUUGCAGGCACCGUGAGGAUAGACUUUGAGAAGGAGCCCAUUGCUGUGAAUGCGAAGGGGAAGGAGGUUUUCCUGCAUGACAUCUGGCCCACUCGGGAAGAGAUCCAGGCUGUGGAGAGGCAGUUUGUCAUCCCAGCCAUGUUCAAAGAGGUCUAUGAGAAGGUGGAGGAAGUGAAUGAGCGUUGGAACUCUCUCAGUGCCCCCUCUGAAAAGCUGUACACCUGGGACCCCAAAUCCACCUACAUCAAGUCCCCUCCAUUCUUUGAAGGACUGACCAGGGAACUCCAGGAGCCUAAGUCUAUAGUAGAUGCAUAUGUGUUGCUCAAUUUGGGAGAUUCGGUGACUACGGACCACAUCUCUCCUGCCGGCAACAUCGCCCGCAACAGCCCUGCUGCUCGCUACCUGAACAGCUGUGGGCUCACCCCUCGAGAGUUUAACUCCUACGGCUCUCGGCGAGGCAACGAUGCCGUGAUGGCUCGGGGCACGUUCGCCAACAUCCGCCUCUUCAACAAGUUCCUCAACAAGCAGGCCCCUCGCACCAUCUACCUGCCCACAGGGGAAACGAUGGAUGUGUACGAUGCUGCAGAGAAGUACCAGCAGGCAGGUCACUCCCUGCUGGUGCUGGCAGGGAAGGAGUACGGCUCGGGGAGCUCCAGAGACUGGGCCGCCAAAGGCCCGUUCCUACUGGGAAUCAAAGCUGUACUGGCCGAGAGCUAUGAGCGCAUCCACCGCAGCAACCUGGUGGGGAUGGGCAUCAUCCCUCUUGAGUACCUGCCCGGAGACACGGCCGAUGGGCUGGGUCUUACUGGCCAGGAGCGCUACACUGUCGUCAUCCCUCCGCAACUCACACCCAGAAUGCUUGUAGACAUUAAGCUGGACACAGGCAAGACGUUCCAGGCGAGGAUGCGCUUCGACACGGAUGUCGAGCUCGCCUACUUCCACCAUGGUGGCAUCCUGAACUACAUGAUCCGCAAGAUGACCGAGAAGUAGAGAACCCUUCGGACCCCUCGAGUGAAGCGGGCAGUUGGAGCGCCCAUGCUCCACGUGUCCCUACACUGACGGAAAUUUUCCUCUUUUUUUUAUUUGGAAGAGCCAACUAACUCUUUGCUUUGUUGCCUCAUCAACUUUAUAUAUGUUGGUUAGUUUUGGGAUUUGGAUCUAAAUGUCCAUAAAUGUCUAAAUUGUCUGAAAGUCAAAUACAAUAUGAAUUAAUGAUAUAUACACUAAUUGUUGUAAGGUAUGAGAUUCAGGGCUAGUGGAAGAAAUGUCAGUGGUGGUCGUGGUGAGGCUAAGUAAACAGAUCCAAUAACACACUGUUUCUCUGAGGCUCACACAACACCCUGUCUAUUGAACUGUGUCCCUCAGUCAUGCUGCUUUAACAUUAAUGUGCAGGGUCUCUUACCCAAGAUGCUUAAUAAAGUUAAUUAAUUACAGUGCUCUAGAACCAUUAAAGAUUGGCAUAAUGGCUGAAGGGCAUAGGCCUAUGAUUGAGGAAAAUCAUUUGAUUUCGUGAUUAUUGUCUGACUCACAGGGUAUACACUUCAAACUGGUUUAGUUUCUAGGCCUACCUCAGUGUUGCGUAACAUUAACCUUACCUGUUCAGUCUCUCUUGCAUUAAUUUGCUUUUUUUGGACACUGUUUGGUUAAUUGCUAUAAAUAACCAUAUUUUUACAUGGGGGAAAAAAAUCACACAAAUGGAAUGGUAAACACAUUAAGAAAAUGAACCGAAUCUCACUUUGGCUGAGUUUUUUCCAACAAUGUAACAGGGUUAUUAAUCCAAAGUAGUUUUUAAAAGACAUUUUAACAUAAAAUGGAAGCUUUGGUACUUGACACAUUCAGUCUUUUCUUUCUCUUGUUUAUCUCUCCCCUUUUUUGUUCAUUUUGCACAGUAGCUCAAAUAGAACAUUAUGUUGCACAAAGUAGUUGUGGCUUAAGGAUAGUAAUUUAGAUAACUACAAUUAUUAUUGUUAUUACUAUCGGUCGUCAUGAUAAUAACUAUCAUUAGUAGUUUUAGGUUUUUUUCUGAUGAGUAAUAUAUCAAGAAAUGAUCAUAAAUCAUAUCUGACUGCUAAUAUACUAAUUUAAUAAUGGAUCUCUGAAAGUGCCUACUAUCACCAACUGUGAGGUGUAUAUUAGUUUCUUCUUGAAAGAAGUCUGUACAUUGAGGUCAGGGGCGUGAAGCUCCAGGCCAGGAGGGCCAGAGAACAGCAGAGUUUGGACACUUUCCUCCAAAAACUGCUGGACUCUGCCCCUUCAAGACUGCAGUUUGAUACCGCUGACGUGGACUGUAUCAUUCCAGAUCAGCUAUUUCAUCAGCUCCUUUAAAAAAAACAACAAAUAUAUAAUUUGCUGUAGUUGGAGUGCAAUUUUUGGAGUGACCCAGAAUUUGAUUUAAAAGCCAUUUAACAUCAUAAUCUCUCUCAGUCACUCCUGAGUCACUCCAAUGCCCAUUUUCCCUCUUAACAUGUUGCAGGCACAGAAAAGGUAGCUCUGUAAAUGUUUCACCUCAUGACAGCAACCAGGACAUACUGUACUGAGAGGUUAGACCGAAGUAACAGUUCAUACAGAAUUUCAAAAGACCAUUAAAUUUCCCAGUGUGCAUGUAUUUAUCUGAGGAUAUAAAAGCAAUAGAACCUACAGGUGUCUUGACUUCCAGAUAUGCCCUUUUAUCAUUCCAUACCAUGCAUUCAUAUGUUUAAUAUUUAAAACUUUGCCCAAAUAAAGUUUUUUUUUCCCUCAUGAA